GCGAACUGGGAUCAAACAUUGGACUGACACUGAAUAUGCUAAAAACAGCAUGGAAGAAACACAAGACCACAUGGAGGAAAUCGAAGGAUCUGAAGAAAACGUGACAUUUAAGUCACUGGGUAUUGUUGAUGUGCUGUGUGAAGCCUGUGAACUUCUGAAAUGGAAAACGCCAACCAAGAUUCAACGGGAAUCCAUUCCUAUAGCUCUUCAAGGUAAAGAUGUGAUAGGACUUGCUGAGACUGGAUCAGGAAAGACUGGAUCCUUUGCCCUACCCAUCUUACAGUCCCUCUUGGAAAAUCCCCAACGUCUGUAUGCCCUUAUCCUGACGCCUACCAGGGAACUGGCAUUUCAGAUCUCCGAGCAGUUUGAGGCCUUAGGAUCAACCAUUGGUAUAAAAUGUGCCGUCAUUGUGGGUGGUAUAGACAUGAUGACACAGUCCCUCAUGUUGGCCAAGAAACCACACGUUAUAAUCGCCACACCUGGCAGAUUAGUGGAUCACCUGGAAAACACAAAAGGUUUCAACCUACGCUCACUCAAGUACCUGGUGAUGGAUGAAGCUGACAGAAUCCUGAACAUGGACUUUGAACAGGAGGUGGACAAACUCUUAAAGGUGAUACCACGCGAACGGAAGACAUAUUUGUACUCUGCCACCAUGACAAAGAAGGUUGCAAAGCUACAGCGUGCCUCGCUGAAGGACCCCGUCAAGGUGGAAGUUUCAUCCAAAUAUCAAACAGUGGACAAACUCAUGCAGUAUUACAUAUUUAUUCCCGCCAAACACAAGGAUGUCAACUUGGUGUAUAUUCUGAACGAAUUAGCCGGGAAUUCCUUCAUGGUUUUCUGUAGCACCUGCGCCAAUACUCAGAGAGUGGCCCUAAUGCUUCGUAACCUUGGGAUGACAGCGAUUCCCCUUCACGGCCAGCUUAGUCAGGCAAAGAGGUUGGGGGCUCUCAACAAGUUCAAGAGUAAAACACGUUCGAUUCUCAUAGCUACUGAUGUGGCAAGCAGAGGUCUGGACAUUCCACACGUGGACGUGGUGAUCAACCUAGACAUCCCAACCCACUCCAAAGACUACAUCCACAGGGUGGGGCGUACGGCUAGGGCAGGGCGGUCAGGCAAGGCCAUCACGUUUGUGUCACAGUAUGAUGUGGAGUUGUACCAGAGAAUUGAACAUCUGAUUGCCAAGAAGUUACCGCUGUACCCGCGUGAGGAUCAGGAAGUGAUGCAGUUGAUGGAGCGCGUCACCGAGGCACAACGCUUCGCCCGAAUGGAACUUAGCGAAACUAGCAAUAAAAAGGGGAAGGGCAAGCGAUCCAAACGUCCAGAUGAUGAAGAUGACACGGAGGAAUCCACAGGAGUACGGAAAAAGUUCAAGAAAAAGAAAGGAAAAUGAACCCCGUAAAUUUGCUUGUUAUGUUGUUAAGUUUUUACAGUCCGGACCAUGUCUAUCAUCUGUUCUGUGAAGGGAUUCCUGUGAUAAUGUGCUUGAUUUUAAAACUUUUCUGUGUGAUACACAUGUAGCAUGAUUAUAGUGCAUUACAAAAUGUGAAUCCAGAAAUACAUCUCAAUAAUUUCAACAGCACAUUGCAAAAUGUGAAUCUGGCAUGUGAAAAAUCCAUACAUUCUUUUGUAUAGUAUGAAAAAAUAAGUCGACAGCUUCAUAAAAAUUCAAAAUCUCCUGACGACGGCAUAGAAAUGAAUGAAGAACACAAAAUAAACUUUUUAUACCACUGUAUAUAACCCCAUAAUAUGCCAAUUGAUCUUCUUUUUGGUCUUCACCGAAACAUGAAGAUUUUAUGCCGACUUGAAACUUGAGAUGUCAGAUAAGGAAAGAAAUCUAUUUUGAAUCUUAACGACGAAGUUGGAAAUUUUGUGACAGCUUGAAUAAAGAUGGCCACAGGAAUAAAUCUGAUUCAUGAAACUGUUGGUGACGAAGUUUUUGUUUCCAAGUCAUCUGUCUGCGAGUAGUUACUCUUAAGCUGUAUCUAUUUAUUUUAUAAUGCAAUAAAAUAUAAAGAGCUA